AUGCCUUCUAUUAUCAAGACUACGGGGGUUGUGGCCGGAUUGGUCGCAGCCGUGUCAGCUCUUCCAGCUCAAACCAAGCUCUCGACAAGACAAAACAGCAUCUACGAGCUAGCAAAGCGACAGAACGCAGCCGCUGCCGCCGCCGGCUUAACAGAUGUCGAUAUCCUCCAAUUUGCUUUGACUCUGGAGUGGCUGGAGAACACUUUUUACCAGCAAGGGUUCGCCCAGUUUCCUGAUGAUCAGUUUGUUGCUCUCGGUCUGAAUGAAGCUCAAUUGGCCGACCUCAAGGGUAUUGGAUCAAGUGAGGAAUCCCACGUCGUGCUGCUACAGAGCGCAAUCGCCCAGGCCGGCGUCCAACCUGUCCAGCCAUGUGAGUACAACUUCGGCUUCACAGACGCCGCGGGUAUGGUUGCCACGGCUGCAAUCCUCGAGAGCGUCGGAAUCUCUGCCUAUCUAGGGGCCGCGCCACUGGUAUCGGACGGCGGGAUCCUCAGCACCGCCGCCUCGAUCCUAACAGUCGAAGCGCGGCACCAGUCUUUCAUCCGCAGUGCUUCGGGUGUCGCCGUAUCUCCUUCCCCUCUCGACACGCCCUUGGGGCCCAAGGCUAUCUUCUCGCUCGCCGCACCCUUCAUCACGUCAUGUCCAGGUGGUUCCAACCUCGCCCUCCAGGCUUUCCCCGCACUCACCAUGACGAGCCCUGCACCCGUCGCCGGUGUCAUGAACCUCGUCGCCGGCACCAACAUCCAGGUCCAGAGCGACGCCGCAUCAGGUGCAUCAUUCUGUGGUUUCACGAACUCGGCCGCUCCCGGUGGUACUGCCUUCACGCCAUUCGAUGCCACAAACGGCUGCGCAUUGGCGCCUAACCUAGCUGGCGUCGUAUACGUCACCCUUACAAGUGACGCCCCUGCCACCGGCGUCUUGACAGACGACAUCACUGUUGCCGGUCCCAUGGUUAUGCAGCUAAGCUAA